AACAACCUCGACACUGUUGUUGAAGUCCCCGAUACGGAACAUUUUGUCACGCGGGAGUUUGAUGAUCCGGAAUAUCAAAAGGAAAAAUUGGAUACGAAAUUCUACGGUACUAUUUACACAAAGUCAAGCAAAUGCAUACAACAAACUUCAAUCGUUCGCGUACUUUGCAUCAGCAAAAGUGUAGCACGGUUUGAAAUUCCAGACAACGGCCAGCGGAACAUUGGCUUGAUGGUCCCGUCCUGGUCCAGUCACGUGAUUCUUAUUGGCGGUGCUACCACACGAAAAUCAAGACGACACAAGUCCGACCAGGCCCCAACAGGCCGGGUACGGAUGCACACCUAUAUGUCGGUCACUGACACGCACGAAUACCAGUGUGACGGUGAUACUGCUGAUGGGUGGCACGCGAGUAGAUACAUGUUCAACAUCCUUUUCUCAGCUUAUGGGAGAAACAACCUCGACACUGUUGUUGAAGUCCCGAAUACGGAACAUUUUGUCACGCGGGAGUUUGAUGAUCCGGAAUAUCAAAAGGAAAAAUUGGAUACGAAAUUCUACGGUACUUUUACACAAAAGUCAAGCAAAUGCAUACAACAAACUUCAAUCGUUCGCGUACUUUGCAUCAGCAAAAGUGUAGCACGGUUUGAAAUUCCAGACAACGGCCAGCGGAACAUUGGCUUGAUGGUCCCGUCCUGGUCCAGUCACGUGAUUCUUAUUGGCGGUGCUACCACACGAAAAUCAAGACGACACAAGUCCGACCAGGCCCCAACAGGCCGGGUACGGAUGCACACCUAUAUGUCGGUCACUGACACGCACGAAUACCAGUGUGACGGUGAUACUGCUGAUGGGUGGCACGCGAGUAACAGAUUACUUCGCACGUCGGAAAACAAACUCGUUCAGUCAACUAAGUUAUCUAACAAAAUG